UUGCCCCGGGGGCCGGGCGGGCCCGGGGGGGGGCCGGGCCGGGGCCGCUUCACCGCCCGCCGGGCCGGGCCGGGCCAGCAGCCCCGGUGGCUGCCGCCCGCCUCGUGCCUGCCCCGCCAUGGCGCCCGGCUCCGAGCGGGUCUUCGACUCCCUGGGACACUUCGGUUUCAAGCAUGUGUGUAUUUUGCAUCUGUCUUUCAAGCUAUGUCAUGUGGUAUCCAUUACUUAUCAUCUGUGUUCAUGGCUGUUACUCCCAGCUUUGUCUGUGGGAUCCCUGGAAAUGUGAGUAGUGUUCUUUUCUACAACUCCUCUGAAUCCAGUAUAGAGGACAUCUGGACACUGUGGACAUCAACAGAAAAUUACAUUGUAGUCCAGCUGGAAAAUGGAGAAAUUUGGGAACUUGACCAAUGCAGCAGAGCCAGGCGAGAAGUGGGUUUGGGUCUGGCCUAUGAAUACAAAGGCAACAAGUCGGUGUUUCCUUGCUCUGAUGGGUUCCUCUAUGAUGACACCAAGUGGAAGAGCACGGUCGUUACGCAGUGGGAUCUGGUCUGCGACAGGGAAUGGCUGGCAAAACUCAUCCAGCCAACAUUCAUGCUUGGAGUCUUGAUUGGAGCAGUGAUUUUUGGUGACAUUGCUGACAGACUGGGAAGGCAGCGUGUGAUCUGGUUCACAAGUGCUGGUCAGUUUGUCUUUGGAGUGGCAGUGGCCUUCACCUUUGACUACUACAGCUUCGUGACUGUGCGUUUCCUGCUCGCCAUGGUUUCCAGUGGCUAUCUGGUUGUGGCUUUUGUUUAUGUGACUGAAUUUGUUGGCAUUAAAGCACGAACCUGGGCUUCUAUGCAUGUCCAUGCUUUUUUUGCUAUGGGAAUUAUGAUUGUGGCACUCGUGGGAUUUUUGGUUCGGACCUGGUGGGUCUAUCAGAUAUUUCUCUCCAUAGCAACAAUUCCCUUUGUCUUGUGUUGCUGGAUGCUCCCAGAAACACCUUUUUGGCUCAUCUCCGAGGAAAGAUAUGAAGAUGCACAAAAAGUAAUUAAUAUCAUGGCAAGAUGGAAUAAAGUAAGCACUCCCUGCAAAGUUACUGAACUGUGCUCAGUCCAACAAGAGGAUCUAGUCAGAGACAGAACAGGUGACAGUGACACGUCCUCAACAAAGAAGCACAACAUCUUAGACCUGUUUUGUAACUGGCACAUUGCAAGAAGGACCAUCACAGUCUGGCUCAUCUGGUUCACUGGGAGCUUGGGCUACUACGUCUUCUCCCUCAGUUCUGUCAGUCUAGGAGGCAAUGAAUAUUUAAAUCUCUUUCUCAUAGGUGCUGUGGAGUUGCCUUGCUAUAUCAUUGCUUGCAUUGGGAUGGACAAACUGGGAAGGAGAAACACACUCAUUCCGUUCCUUAUUUUAAGUGCAUUGAUCUGUGUUUUAAUUAUGUUCAUACCUCAGGAUUUCAAUAUAUUAAUUAUCUUAGCAAACAUGGCUGGAAAAUUUUCAAUAGGUGUGGCAUUUGGCCUUAUAUAUCUCUAUACAGCUGAACUGUACCCAACAAUUGUAAGGUCACUUGCUGUUGGAAGUGGAAGCAUGAUGUGCCGUGUCGGAAGUGUGGUUGCUCCUUUCUGUGUAUAUCUGAGAAGUGUUUGGAUCUUCAUGCCACUUUUGCUUGUUGGAAUCAUGGCUCUUCUGAGUGGAAUAUUAACAAUAAUGCUUCCAGAAACACUGGGAAAACCAUUGACUAAUACUUUGGUGGAAGCCACAGAAAUGGGAAGAAAGAAGAAAAGCUCUUCAGGAAAGACUCCUCCAGCACACAGUGGUGCAGCAUCAGAGAAGAUAGAGAUGUUUGGUCAAGAAACCCUCAGCACUGAGAAAUAAAGCAACAGCAAAAUGGCUCUUCCCAAUUUCAGUCAUUCACUGAUUUAUACGAUCUUUUUAUUCAAGAAAUGUAACUGUUCUAUAAUAGCUGUGCCUUUUACUUUGCAUCCAGUCUUGCCUUUUCAAUAGAGCAAACAUAUAAAACCUUUUCCACGUGACUGAGCUACUGCAGAAAAUUUAAUGGGAUUUCUAGAUUCCCUUGUCAAACUUACCCAGACUUCAGAAAACACCAACCUGACUUGCUGUGACCAGUUGGAAUAACUACUCCAAGUGCUGGAACCUCCCUGAUUACACAGAUACAGGGAAAAAAGGCAAAUUCUUUGCUUCAGAUUUUCUGCAGUUAAAUUUGUAAACCCACCACAAAGUGCCCUGUUGAAGCUGACAAUUACAGGCUGGAGGCUUCAAAACACAGUCAACUCAAACAGGUAGUUAUAAAUCAAGAGAGAAGCCUUAACAUCACAUGAAGUCAUAAAGUUAAACUAAUUUAUUCCUUUUUUUAAAUUAUUUCAAGUUUUCUACUAGGAAAGGUGCCGUUGCUAACCAAGUAUUCUGUGGAACAGCUUCUGACUGACAAAAUAAUACUAAGUUUGCAAAAUGUGCAAAUAGUUUGUAUACUAUUCAUUCUGUUGAAUGGCAAAUACGUUUUUAUUAGUGGUUUAGAAAAAACUGUUCACUGGAUCUACUGCUGUCUUAGUAAGUUCUUUUUAGUUUAGGCAAACCUGAAAUGCCUGAUGAAAGUCAUAUUCAUUCCAGACUGUUACGUCAGGGCUCCCCUUCUCACUUAUUUCAGCUCAGAUCAAGUACCAGAUUCUCCUUAACUUUUAAGAGCCACACCAGCAGAUGCCUCCAUCAAGGCCUCCUCAGUCCCCAGUGCUAAAGAAUGAGUGACAUCUGGGUCUUGCUCAGGCUCUCUGCACAGAGGUGGCCUUAGUUAUUAAUGAACAUAUAGUAGACACGGGAUCUGCAGAUUUUUUUUCUCCUAGACCAGCUGUCUGUAGCUCAUUUUUUCCCAUAUACCACAGAAAAUCAGUUAGAAAUACAUAAUUUAAAAAAUGGUAGCUGGAGAGCACUGAACAAUGGAGGAGCUACCAGUUACUCCAGUAAUUUUAGUCCAAGAGUGUGUAAAUGUCCCACUGUGCAUCACCUUGCUGGUGCAGUGAUUCUGCCCAUGGACCACAGGGAACUGACAGACAGGAAGGCAUCUUUCUGGCUGCUACUUCUAUGGCUUUCUGCCCCACCUCCCCUUUUUCAGUUUACUUCCAGACCUGGGAGUUUCUUCCUUGCCUGAGGAUCUGUAUUGUCUUCACUUGGCCACCUUUGGUUUGAGGGGAGCAGCGAAGGAACCUUCUGCAUGUGGAGGUUCAGACAGCCCCUCUCUUGCCUCAGCCCUGUCAUCCCUGGCUUUAAGUCAGAGUCUUCUCUUCUUAGACACCUACUUUCACACCAGCUGGUACGACCUGAUGAAGAAGACAAGGAGGAACAGUUUUAAGCUGCAAGAGGGGAGACUGAGGUGAGCCAUGAGGAGGAAAUUCUGGAAUGUGAGGGUGGUGAGACCCUGGCCCAGGUUGCCCAGGGAAGCUGUGGCUGCCCCAUCCCUGGCAGUGUUGAAGGGCAGGUUGGAUGGGGCUUGGAGCAGCCUGGGCUGGUGGGAGGUGUCCCUGCCCAUGCAGGGGGGUUGGAACUGGAUGGUCUUGAAGGUCACUUCCAACCCAAACCAGUCUGUGGGUCUAUGACCACAACAGAACAAGAUUUAGGUGUUCACUUAUUUGCCAUGUACCCCAAACAAGAUAUCUAUAUUACUGUAGGUAAACAUUCUAUAUGCUUUUGAGCUUAAUGGUCACUUUUCUCAGUUAUAUCUGCACAGUCAUAUUAGUUUCAAUUACUUCCAAAACCAGAGUCACAGCUGACAUCCCCAUAUAAGAGAUUUUUUUUCUUCACUGCACAGCCCUAGAGUGUUAAGCAGCGUUUUGGUCCUGGAUAAAAUCAUAUGCUGUGAGGACUAACAUGCUUCAAAGCAUGCGAAGUUCAGUGAGGUUGAGUUUAGGCAGUUCCUGUGUGCUACCUACACAGAGAGCAGCAGAAAGGGACCUUCCUGCUCCCUUCAGUUCUCUGGGUGUUGCAGCCCUUGCAGAGAGCAGCUCGGCAGGGCACGGCACAGGACACUGUGGCUUCUGUCCAGAUGCGUUGGCUCAGCACAAGCAUGUGCUUAGUAACCUUCCCCGUGUGAGUAAUCCCCUGGUUAUCCACAGAAUGACUGAACUCAUGCUCUGAUGGCUGAAGAUAAGAUUACUCACACACCCAGCCCCAGUAUUCUUCCACUGCUCUUGUCCCUCCCCACUUCCCAGGGCAGAACAACUCUCCCUGUCUCUGGCUCUGUUGCCAAAUCCUGCAUGCCUUGCCUUAAACAAGGGAUGAACCAUGCUAAAAAAGAAAACAUCAUGCAGUAGCCCUAACAAGGAAUGAAACUGGUAGUGUCUGCCUUUACAACCACCCCCUCACUCUCCCACCCCCCCGAGCUCCAAGCAAUGACAUUAUUUUGGGGUUCUUUCACACUGAUACUCCCUCUUUAGUUAUACAGGGUCCUGUCUUAAACUCCUUACUCUUGAGUGCUAGGGAAGAUACAGUGUAUUUCUAACAAGGUACUGAAGAAUAAUUAAAAUUAUUUUUCCUACUUCUUUUCCUGCUGGAUAACUGAUUUGGGGGCUAUCCUGCUAAGAAUAGUCAGUGCAUCUUCUGUGUUCCUUUGACUUGAAGGAUCCAGGAUGUGGUCAUCUAUAGUCAGGAUGCAUAAGGUAGAGAAAAAAAAAAUAGUAAAAACUGGAAUGCAUAAUAAUCCUGAGCAAUCCCUACAGGCUAAAACUUAACAAUGCUUCUAAAACCCAACGUAGCUUAAUGCUUUUUAACCCUGAAGGCCAGUUCCUCCUGUCACUGAGGUCAGCUGGUCUUUGGUCUUUGAUCCAAACGAGACCCGAAUUACCCUGAACUAAUGAUGUUACUUUUUCCCCUGGAAAGAAAAAGUUUCUUGAUCUAGAGGUAAACCUUGUGUGGUUUUAUGCAUAGAGGAUGCACAGAUUUGAUGCAUCUUAGAGGAUGCCUUGGGGUGUCCUUCGAUCUGAGGAAGCAUGUUGCUGUAAGAAAGGAACUAGCCUGUCUCUGUCCCUGGCUUUUCUGUUUGGUUUUUUCCAUAUGAAGAAAAACAUGUUUAGCACUAGUCACGUGUUAUAAAUGUAGCAUGGACAGGGUGAGUUGGUUUGUUCCUCUCCAAUAUUCAUAGAUUACCUAAAUCCUGUCGCAAGAGAUCACAGAGUUUGAGAACAAAUGCUUCUGUUCCUGUGGGGCACAUUUUCUUCUCAUAAAGAGGAUUCCUUUUCAUAGUUUAUCUGAGUUCUUAACUUAUUUUUUUUUGUAUGUUUUUCGUCUCUGUCUUAGUGCAAAUUUAUUGUGCUGAUCAAUGUCUCUGGAAUUAGAUAAUGGUUUUAUGAGAUACUGGAUUAGAAUUCUUAUCUGUCUUAAUUGUUGGUCACUGUUGCACAAUGACAAAUGUUUUUGCCCUAAAUUUUAUCUCCUAUUGGAUUAGACAGUCUUGCAGUUUGUUAAGGACAUACUUUCUGGGUUAAUGAACAAGAGCAAUUAUCACUAGUUUAAUGAAAACUAAGGAAAAGUAGUACAUAAAUGUGUUUCAGUCUGAAUCUGUAUUUUUAAACUAUGCAUUUUCUAAUUUUAAUAGCUCACUUCAAACUCUUUUUGCAAAUUGAUGUAGUUUAAACACUUAUGUAGGAAAAAAAAAAACAACAGCUAUGCAAACGA